AGUUUCCAUUUUUUCUUUCUUCUUGGCUCACGUUCCCUCUCCCCCUCCACCUCUUCUUUAUCUUUCCCUUCCCUCCUCUCACUCUCAUCCAUCUUUCGCUGCUUUCCACGCUCCUACUCUUUCCCUCCCUCCCUCCCUCUCUCUCUCUCUCUCUCUCUCUACAACUCCAACUCUCUCUCUCUCUCUCUGUGUCUCUCUCCGUUCUUACCUCCAGCCAGUCGGCGUUGACUCGCUGCAGCAGGAAGAUCACCUCUCCCUUCUUCAGGUUCAACUCCGCCUUGCCGUUGCCGCGAAAGUCAAACAUCACCUGGGACACGCAGACGCACGCAUUCACGCGCACACACACACACACACACACACACACAAACAGGGCAGAAAGCACACAUACAAGUCAGUGUGAGGAGAGAGGAACAAGGGAACGAGAGACGGAGACAUUCAACACGAAGAGAGAAGAGACGGAGAGAGAGGAUGGGUAAGAGUUACUACACUUUCUACAACAAGUGAGUGACAGGAGAGGAGAGAGAGAGAGAGAGAGAGAGAGAGAGAGAGAGAGAGAGAGAGAGACAGAGAGAGACAGAGAGAGACGACAGAGAGAGAGAGAGAGAGAGAGAGAGAGUUUGAUAAAGUUAGUGGAUGAAUUGAGACACAGAGAGAAGCAGAGGAUUGUUGAGGAGUGUUGAGCUCUGAGGAUGUGUGCCUGGAUGAGAGUGAAAAAGUGAGAGAUGGAGGUGGAGGUGGAGAAGGAUGGUGCUUCUCAUCUGUGUGUUUGGAGGAGCAGAGAAUGGAUGUGCAAUAAUGUGCAACAGUGGAAAACGGAGACACAGAAGUGUGUGAGUUCGGACUGCGGCUCAUGUUCACAGAUCUGCUGCGUUUUUAUGAAGAGUUGGAAAAGUGUGAGAAAUGAUGGUUUUGGUCAACAGUCCAAACAUGAACCUGUAGAAGAUCUGAAGAUCCUCCUGACAGGCUGAUUACCUGCCUGACUGUUUCUGCACAAGUUUGUCAAACUUCAGUGUUCUGCAGCGGCUGAGUUAUAAUGCACGGUGUAAGUGUGUGAAAGUGUGUGUGAAAGUGUGUGUGAAAGUCUGUGAGAGGUGAAGUAAAAGCAUAUACGAGGAGUUUACAGAGUGGUAGAGCCUGAGGCGACGAGAGUGUGUGACUGUGAGAGAUGUUGGAGCGUCCUGGUGAGCGUCAGCGUGGAGAUCUAAAAGCCUGAAUUAGAAUUUAAAGUAGAGCUGAGGAGAGUCCUCAUCAUCGCUGCUCUAAAACACACACACACACACGCACGCACGCACGCACGCGCACACACACACACACACACACACACACACACACUCACACACGCACAACCACACACAGCAAUAAUUAUCUCAUAAAGACGUGAGUGAUGACUGUAAGUUUAACGUUUGUCAAUAAAAAACAAAAGAGUAAGAAGUAAAUAAGAAAUUAGAACUGAAACAAGGAGAGAAAAAUAAUCAGUGAAAGAAAGAAUAACGGAAAAAAGACAAAAAAGAAGAAAAGAAGAAACAAGACAGAAAGGAGAAUGAAAACAAAGAGGAGAGAAAGAUUUAAUACAGUUAAGAAAAGGAUGAGGGGCAAAAAGAAAGAGAGAAAGAAAGAAAAGAAAAUAGAACGAAAAAAGAAAUAACGUAAGGAGGGAAAAAGGAAGGAAUGAAAAAAGAAUAAAUAAAUGAGAGGAAAGAAUAAAAAAGCCAAAAAGAAACAAAAAGAGAAAAAAAAGAAAAAAGGGAAAAAUAAAGGAGACAAGGAAAGAAAGAAAGACUGUAUAAAGAGAAAGGAAAAAGGAAAAGAGGAUAGAAUGAAUGAAAGACGAAAGGAAGAAAAAAAAGCCAAAAAGAAAGAAAGAAAAAAGUAAAAAAGAAAUAGAAAAAAGGUUGAAAGAUUGAAAUAAGAAAUGACAAAAAAAGAAAGAAAGAAGGAAAAAAGUACAGAGGAUAAAAUAAGGAAAAAGAGAAAACAGAAAGAAAGAAAAAACAAAGAAAAAGGGAAAUAAAGUAAAAAAAAAUAAAAAAUAAGAUAGAGAAGAUAAAAGAAAGGAAAAGGAAAGAAAGACAGAAAGAAGAAAGUAAAGAAAGAUAGACAGAAAAAAAGUAAAGAAAAGAAAAAUGGAAAAAAGUAGAAAAUAUGACAAGAAAGAAAAAAGAAAGAAAAAAAAGGAAAAAGGAAGGAAAGAAAGAGAGAAAAGGAGAAAAAGAGUUAUGAAAAAGAAAGGAGUAAAAGGAAAAGGAAAGAAAAGAGAGAAAAGAAAGAAGAAAAGGAAAGAAGAAAGGAAAGAAAAGAGAGAAAAGAAAGAAGAAAGGGAAAGAAAAGAGAGAAAAGAAAGAAAAAAAGGAAAGAAAAGAGAGAAAAGAAAGAAGAAAAGGAAAGAAGAAAGGAAAGAAAAGAGAGAAAAGGAAAGAAGAAAGGAAAGAAAAGAGAGAAAAGAAAGAAGAAAGGGAAAGAAAAGAGAGAAAAGAAAGAAAAAAAGGAAAGAAAAGAGAGAAAAGAAAGAAGAAAAGGAAAGAAGAAAGGAAAGAAAAGAGAGAAAAGAAAGAAGAAAGGGAAAGAAAAGAGAGAAAAGAAAGAAAAAAAGGAAAGAAAAGAGAGAAAAGAAAGAAGAAAAGGAAAGAAGAAAGGAAAGAAAAGAGAGAAGAAAAGAAAAGAGAGUUGUUUGUACUGAGGAGAUCAGAGGGAGAAUUUCUGCAACAGUAGGAGAGCGAUCAGCAGAGACGGAGAAACGAAGAGAGAGAGUUGGAGUAUCUGGAGAGGCAGAGAGAGACCAAAAAAGAACAGGGAGCGGUGAAAGCAGUGGGAGGGAGGUGAAGAAGAGGAGGAGGAAGAGGAGGAACAAGAGGAGGAGGAGGAGAGGGAGGAGGAGGAGAUAAGAAAAGUGUAAGUUAAACAGAGGUGCAGAUCUGCAGAGGGCUGACUGAUGACCGCCACUGUCAUGUCGUUUGAGAGCGAGUUAAUAUACGUGAUAAUCCUCACAGGACAGUGAGAGAGAGAGAGAGAGAGAGAGAGAGAGAGAGAGAGAGAGAGAGAGAGAGAGAGAGAGAGAGCGCAGAGAGGGUCAAGAAUCACACUUUCAGUAAAAUGAGAGAAAAGAGAGAAAGUUCUGAUCAAAUCUGGAGCAGAUCUACAUAAACCAGAGUUACUCAUGGACCUUUAAUUUCUGAGAAACACUGCAGAGACACUUCCUCUGAGUUUGGCUGUUCGGACUCACAAUCUUACAGUUUCUUCUCACUACUCUCUUCACCACUCUGUCCAAUCACACCUGGCAGCUCAACAGAAGAAACUCUGAUCCACGCUCUGCGCCCAGAGAGUUCAUGACUAUCUGAUGAACAAACCGAGUGUUUAGAGAGCUCGUCUCUCUCUGUUGGCUGAGACAAAGGCAGCGCUAAAAACCACACUGUGUGAACGCUGGAGCACGCUCAGAACGCCGCCACCACUUUCACUCCCAUAGAGUCGUUUUUUUAACAUGUUAGCCUGAGUUUGAGAAGUCUGGUUUAGUCCAGUUUCAGUCAGACUAAGGCUGAAUCUUAAUUGUCACUCUUUACUCUUUCCCCCUCUUAGAAACGAGACGCCACUCGAUUCCUGCUACGUCAUCAUGACUUCCUGUUUGCAGUGAAUUUGUCGGUCUGACCUCAGUGUAGCUGUCAAUAGCUUUAGCUUUGUUGGUUAACAACACUCUGCAGAAAGGAAAGUCACUAGUGACUGUCGUAAAAGUCGCUACAAGUCGCUAGAUGACGUCAGCGCCUGAUUUGUAUAAUUUCUCAGGCAACCUCCCUCCCCCCAUUGGAAGAGUAACAUCGAUAACGGCUUUCAUGUCAGAGUCACUAAACUCCAGAAAAAGUCACACGAUCUGAAAACAAAGCUCCUUUCACACCAGGACGUUAUUUUCGUGCGAUUAUUUCAGACGUCAAUAUUUUUUUUUCGAACCCGUAUCCUGUCAAUACAAGCGUUCACAUCAGCGACGUUUUCCCGUUCUGUGAUAUUUCGGCAUUCAUUUUUCCGGAUCACGGUCGACUUUUCUAAAGUUUUACAGACUGUGUGUCCACUUCUGACCAAUCAGAUUUCGUGUUGUUGUGAUGUCAGAUUCACCGGUAUAUCCAACAUGGCCGACCGGCUGAUUGUUUACGUGUCGGAGAACAGAGUGAUUUUUGAUAAAAGACACAAACAUUACAAAGAUAACGACCUGAAGGACGACUUGUGGAGAGUCAUAGCGUCGGAUUUCUCAUCUGACGAUGGUUUGUGAGCUUUAACAGUUUGAUAAACGUCUUUGUUUGAACUUUCAUCUGUGCUAAGUAACUUUAGCUCUAAGCUAACCUGUUCAGGCCCCGGUGUGUAAGGACCUUAACUCUCUGGGGAGGGUCUGAAAAGUCCCUAAAUCAAGCGUCAAAGCUGCUAGGUUGGCAACACUGCUCAUACUGCAUGAUUUUAAAAUGCAAACAACUCAAAACAUCGCUAAUAUUCACGGGGAGCAGCAAAGGAUUGAAUAUCUGAGAAGAAAUAUCAGCGUCAUUACUAUGAAAAUUUGGCUUUGAAGUGAGGUCUCGGUUUGUCUUCGUUUCUAGGGCUUUGUACCUCUUACCCUUAACCUUACGCAGAAUUAGGACGUCCCUUUACUUGACGUGAACGUGCAAAAACAAGGGCUAAGGGGUAGAGUUGAGAUUGUCCCGAAGUUUCAGGUUGUUAUGAUUGGGCUACCUCAGAGGUGUGUCACACACCAAAACAAUCGACAAACAAGUUAGAUUUACUGUUUCUACCUCAAACUGUGAAGAUACAGACAACUCUUCAACUUUCACGUCAAAACCUGGUUUGUAAAUCGUGCUAAAGUUCGGUUUCAGCGUUUUUAAGCAUGUUUGUAGUGGGCGAGUGUUGGACUUGUGGAGGCAUGUGAUUGGAGGGAUUGGCUCUAUUAAUAGAUUUUAAUUUCAUCAUAUGGAACAAAAAACGUAGUUCCCCCAUGGGGCUGAGGAAACCCCAUCAGAGCCGAUAAUAACUGCACAUUUUAAUUAACAAUGCUAAUUAUAUGACUGCAAAUUCUUCCUCAAAAUCAGGUAUUAUUAGGGGCGUGGUUUAGUUGACUGACAGGUGGGCACAGGCUGAUGGUUGGUCAGUGUUUACAGUAUGGCAGCUGCUACCUUUGGGGUCAUCUCAGGUGUUUUUAGGAGAGAGGAGAGACAGUGGAUGGGGUUGGGGAGGAGGGUCCAGUCUAGUGACCUCGUGGCGUUGGAUUGACCCUCUGAGUUCAUCAGUGAUGAUGACAGACAGCAUAAAACUUCAAACAAACCCCGCCUCGUCAGGGGCGGGUCUAACCUCCUAACGCCCUCCCAUAGAGCCAGGACUGCUGCUUAAGUAGUGAGUGACACAUGCAUCUGCACAGACGGACGUCUCCCAGGCUAACUAAAGAGGACCUCAUGUAAGUACCUCUCAUUCUGUCGUGGAGUAAAAAAGUUUCAUAUUUUAGAUGCAGUUUUACUUUAAAUCAUUUCACUGCUGUGUUAAAACUCUGAAAGUAGAAACAUUAAUGAUUUAUGUCCACGUUCGAUUUAAUUUUACAGGAAAGUUUGAAGUCAGGGAGCGUUUCUCUAAUCUGUUGUUAAAGUCGACGUGGUGCCAGGUCUUGUUCCUGUUCAGGCACAGACACCAAAACUGAGUAAAGAAGUUUGGGAAAGAUCACGGUUUGAGUUAAGAGUCGUGUUUUUAUUACAUAAGAAACGUUAUGUAAAAUACUAAACUGAAAAGGUCAUCAUCGACUGGAAGUUUCUCAGAGAAAACUAACUCUGCUCUCCUGAUUUUAAGCAUCUUCUCGACCAUCCUGACCUUUUCCCCGCACAGACUCUCUCCCUCCUCUUCUGUAAACAUGAACAUGUGAGCAUGAAAGGCUGCACGUCUCAGAGUGUGUGCGUGCAAAUGAGCGUGUUUAGAUCCAUAUGCAGAGAGAAUAAGUAAGGCUGAUGGCAGAUUAAUGAAACUGAGGGAGAGGGAUUAACAGAUUAACACACGCUGAAAAAAAAGCACACAUGCACUUUCUUAGAUUUCAAAGCUGCUAUUUUUAAUACAUUAUCCAGACAUAGUUUUAUUCUACUGUUGACCUGCUGUUGGCUGCAAUUCAUGGAUGAUGUGAAAAUGUGUUGGAGGCGAUAAGAUACUAUCUCCAACACAAACAGAGUCAUUCCUUCUGUUUAUACUAUAUCUGCUUCCUCUCCGUCCCUUCACUGAUACAGGACAUACAUUUAGGAGUUGUUGGUUCCCUCUAUUAUUGAUCGAUGAUCAGUCUUCUGUUUCUUUUAUUUUGGCUGAAAUUAGUUCAGCAGACACAGACUCACAGUCUGACUUGACUCCGAAGUUUUGAUUGUGGACGCCUUAAUUAGCUGUCAGAAGAACAACAGCAGCCCACUUUGGUUUAAUUAACAGCUCCACGAACCCCACAGGUGUUUUCCACUGUUAUUAAAAACUUAUGUGCUGUGCUGCACGAGGGGAACUGAUCACUCGUUAACUGUAGUUAGUCCCAUCCCAACAGACGCAGCGAGGUGAGAAGUAGACGAUCAGAGAUGUGGACCGUGUCACAGUUCAUCACUUCAUCUUUUCUUAUGCUGGGUUUGCUUCCAUCACUGGUGUAUGAGUUUUCACUCUCCAUGUUUACAUGUCCAAAAUUUCUUAAUUGCAAAAUCUAAUAAUCUGAUCAUGACGUGUGUAAAUAUGCACUAAGUCGUCUAAUUUCGCUAAAACAACCACAGAAGAAGAAGAAGAGUUGUAUUUACGUCUGCACUGUCAACAAACCAACAAACGCUGCAGUGGAUCACUCCGUCCAAUUCAGGAUUUUCCCCUCUGUUAAAUGUCGUCUCUAGAUGGCGCCCUUGUGUACUUAUUUUACGGUCCUGUCAAAGGUUGCUCUGUGCGUACAGAUGUGACAUCAUCACGCUGUUUGUACGCCUCGUUAUGUUACCGGAGGAGCAGACACGACACCUGCGGUCAGAGUGUUCAUAAUGAAAUCUCCUGAACUGACCUCAAUAAAUCAACGAACGCUAAAGAGUGAAGAUCGAGUCAGGUUAGAGAGUCACGAUCGGAAUAAGUGUCUACAUGAACGUGUUUCGGAAUAACGAUCGGCAUAAACCACUCCUCUUGAUCGGAAUACAAAUUCUUUCUAAUUGAGCCGAAUUGGAUCGGAAUCUUCCGAUCGACAUGUUAACAUGACACUUUUUUAUUCCGAUCAGGCGUUUAUUCCGAUUCUUUGUGUCCAUGUAAACGCAGCUGUCAAAAUCGCUCCAAAAUGACGUUUGAAUAUUCGUUCUAAAAAUAACACGUAGGUUCGAUCAUAUCCGAAUAUCUCGCUCACACAGCUUAAAUAUAACUUUAUCUCGAUCAGCAUUUUUCUGUCUACUGUGUCCGCCAAAAAUCUGAAGAAUUUCCAAACGGAGCUUCGAAAGUUCGUUGGAGUCCAGACCGCUCUCUCUGAUUUUGGCCCCGAACAUCCCGCCAUCUCUCUCUGCGUGUGCCACAGACGGUUUUUGUGGAGUCUCACUGCAGGUGCAGAUCCCCUGACCUGUCCUUGACCUGUCCCUGACCUGUGGUUAUAGUUCGCUCACUCGCAAAGCAGCCGCUGUUUUUUUUUUUUUUCGUUUUUUUCCCACUCAGUUUUUUUCCAGCUGUUUAUUUAAUAUCUUAUAAUUUUCACACCCAAUAUAUAUAUAUAUGUAUAUAUAUAUAUAUAUAUAUAUAUACAUAUAUAUAUAUAUAUAUAUAUACAUAUAUAUAUAUAUAUAUAUAUAUUUGACUUUAUAAUAUUCAUCGACAGCCCUGAUUCUUAUCCUUCUCUGUUCUCUGCCGUCUUUACUGAUGCUAUCCCCGCCUUGUCUUCUUAUGUCUACAGACGAAAAGUGGGGGAGGUGUAUGUCGCAGGUUAUGCAUGAAAAGUUCACAAAAAUCAGGGCCAGCAGAUAAACUAUUAGAUUUGAUGUAUAAUUGCUCGAUAAAUUUCUAACAGGCUGUAUGUUGCCGAUCUUUCUCAGGUCUCAUAGUUUUCACACCGAUGUCAUAAAAACAGAGACAGGAAGCUGUAGGGGACGGAUAAAACCUGACUUCUGACCUCAGUAGGAAGCAAAAGGGACGUUGUUAUGCAAAAAUCUCUCAACAGGACCUUUAUAGGCGAGUACCGAUGCUUAACAGGAGCUUUGGUGCCUCCGUGACAACGAUGGUCGUCACUCAAACCCACUUAUGGUGAUCCAGGUCAGCCACAUUCUCAAUAAGGUUUAAUAUCUUUUUUAUCUGAAUAAAAAUAUAAGGUUGGGAAACAAACAGUCGGCUGAAAUAUCAAAGAAAUGUCGAUGAAGUUUAUCUGAGACACGCUGAUGAAUGAGUGGAUGAAUAACGAUCGUGCUAACCCUUUAAAACUGGAGCUUGUGGUCACAGACUCCGGAGUUUGGACCUCGAUCCGAUGAUCUGAUGAUCUGAUGCUCUGGUCGUGUUUGAUCGGAGGUACAGUGAUCACCUUCUCAAUACCAAAGCAGAGUUCAUCUAAAUCAGUCAUAAAGGAAGCAGCCUUUACUUUAAUAUUACUCAGCUGCUCCUCUAAAAUCGGUCUUUGACGUCCUCUUCCGACGCUCAGAGUUGGAUUAUUAUGUCUCUGUCCGGUUUGGUUGUCUACCUGAGUCGGUCCCACAGAAGGUUCUGUGUGCCGGUCUACCUCCUGUGCCCAGUAAAGAGCUGCACUCUAAAUCGAGCCACACAACCCUUGGGUUCAGCCGGGCCCAGGAGCAAUCAACUGGUUCAAUUAGACCGGCGCCGGCUCCACCUUAAUGAGCUCGCUGAACUCUCAGCUCGUUAGUUUGGCGACAGGGAGGUGAAGAUUUGAAUUUAGAUCUUUUUUUUUCCUCCUCGUCAAACAGAAGAACGUCUUUAAGUACGAAGACUUCUGUAAGAGAGGGAUCAGAGGAGGGUACGCACGUUUAGGGGACUUUAACCUCAAUCCCAGAACAAUCAGAAUUAAUAGGUUUGCAGCUCAACUGUGCAGGUCUGAUCUUUAGUACUUCCUCCAGUUCAGUUUGAUCCAGUCUGAACGUGAUUGAGGGGGGGGAGGCUGAUCUGACUCAGAGGUGAUGAAGUUGGAGAUGUUUCCUCCUCCUCUUCCUCGUCUGGGUUGGUUUUCGGUCCACAAAGUUUGGUGAUGAAACUGAGAAUAUUUCAAACUUAAAUUUGGAGAUGAGUUUCUUCAGUCCCAGAGAAAAGUUUUCGGUCUCAUGAACCGUCGUUAUCGGUAUCAGCCCAGACAAACGAAUAUCAGUCUAAAAGGACCACCUGACAACCAAAGUGGGUCUUUACUGGACAGCAGUGUUAGCGCUGAGCUGUUAGCAGUUACCAAACGACUAGGACCGGACGAUUAUAUGAUCGGGAUUAAAGACCGCGAUAAAUAUCAAUUUGAUCACAGUGAUCAGCUGUGAGCGUGUUUACUCGAUCAAACAUGGCGGAAAUGUGCGUCACAACAGAGAGAGCCGAGGGCAGAAAAGUAGAUGUCAGCCACGAGUCUGAGUCAUCCUCAGUCCCAAGAUGUCAGAUCCUCAGACGCCAUCGUUGAGAAGAAAAGUUAUUCAACUCCGUUUGUGUGUCGGUGGUUUGGGUAUCUCCAAAGUGACGUCGAGUAAUUAUACAGAUGUGUAAAGUAUGUUGGCGGUCGGUGCCUCAAAAACCGACAACACAACAGAUCUGUUUAAUCUUCUGAAGAAGUUCUUCCUGUUUGUCUGACUGAUAAUCCGACUUUCACCUUAAACAAAGAUCAGAGCUUCAGACAAAGACGUGGAGAGAGAGCCGAGUUUCAUCACUGAGCAGAAAGGUCACCACAGGGAGGGUGGAGGAUGUUGAAGUCGGGUGGGGUGAGGUGUUGAUCAAUCGUGAGUGUAAGAAGAUCAUUGUUGAGAAAUCAGUGACUUCAACAGGCUCAAAGGUUCACUCUAAAAAGUGAUCUGAGUUCAUGAAAAUCUCCUCGUUCAGAGUUUAUGAUCCUCCAGUUUGACUCUGUGUGAUUUUCACGACCAUCCCUGAACUCUUGAAGAUGAUAUCAGCGGUGGAGUUGAACAUCAGAGCGCUGUGGUCGUAUUUCUGCUGCUGUGGAGACGGACUGAGUGGACCUGCAUAUCUGACAGGUCUUUAUCUAAAACUGGAUCUGGUCUCUGCCUGGUGGCUCUGAGCCUGAGUUGAUUAGGGACCUGCUGGAUUUUCAAUUUUCCAAUUCGGAGUUGCGUUUUUUUUUAAUCCAAUUUUGCACCUCAUCUCUUCUCCUCUUUCUCUCCUCCUCUCCACCUCUGCUCCUUCAUCUGUCCCUCCUUCAUUUUGUCACAUCAGAAAAAGAAAACCGGCGUUCUGCUUCUGCUCGGCACAUCGACCUCGUUUGACGCUUACUUAUCCUACAGUUUGAGGUUCAGCCUGAGCGAACAUGAAAUCAAGUGUUGGUGCAUAAAAACACAAGCGUGCAGCAGUGAGGGACAUGAACGCAGUCUCCUCGUGUCCAUCAGGCACAGAGCAGACACUGAUCAGGGUUUGGACGGAGACUAAGAGACACAAGACUCAAGACAGGACCAACACAGCCACACAGAGGGGGGCCGGUUUUUUCUGAGAGAGAGCGAAAAUAAAUGUUGAGUAGGCUGACUGCUUCGUGAGUUGUGCACACCACUGUUUUACUUUUGUGUGGGAGAGAGAGAGAGAUACAGAGAGAGAGAGAGAGAGAGAGAGAGAGAGAGAGAGAGAUACAGAGAGAGAGAGAGAGAGAGAGAGAGAGAGAGAGAGAGAGAGAGAGAGAGAGAGAGAUGUAGCUGCUGCUCUUGGUUUUACAGUAAAACACCGCUGGAGUGAGCAGCAGCAGAGAAACAGCGAGUUUGUGUUUCAUGUGUGAGCAAUCGCUGCACCUUCUUCAUGUGUAGAGCGAGGUUAGGAAGAGUUAAACGAUCCUGCAGAAGGGAUAAAGCGCACAGAGUUCAAGAGCUGCAGAAACCUGCACACACACACACACUUCACCUGCAGACAUGUUCUCACAUCACAGGGUUUAUCAAGAGCAGACGUGACCCGCAACACGGCGGAGCAAAGGCGACAAACACGCAAACACUGAGCUGUGCUGUUACUCAGGUAUCGCUGUUUUCAGCUGUGUCCUCACAUCCUCCGUAGAGCGAGUGAAGACAGAGUUACAGAGGAAAAUAACAACGAGAUUAAUCUGGUUUAUAAAACUUUAGGGGGGAUGAGAAUCAUUAACACAGAUAUUUAAGUGAGAGCAGUAAAGGAACAGGAGAUUUGGUGUCAGCGAGAUGUUUCAGAAUCGUUAGGAAACCAGUUUCAGAGUCACCUUUGUCAUGUUUCAUAAUCCACCAAGUGGUCAUGAUCAGGAACUGCAGGUGGACCAGUUCAGCGUUGUAAAAUGGAAUAGAACAUGUUGCUUUGAAACGUGUGUAUGUUGCUCAGCAUCCUUAUAAACGCUGCAUUUAUUACAUGUCUGAAGAUGAUUUAGAAACUUCUCCAGGCUCUGAUUAAAAACAUCCUCUAAGUAGGGCUGCAUGAUUAAAGCCAAAUAGUUUUUCUCUGAAAACUUCAGUGUCAACUUCACCAAACUUCACUUUAAUAAAAAGUUUUUCUAUCGUCUCUAUGAAAACGAUGUAGUUCAUAUGCCAAGCCAGUAAGUGGCGCUGUAACAGAUUUAUUCACUCUCUGACCCGUUUUUUAAAAGUACCGUUUACAGUCACCUGAAACGCCGAUACGACAAAAAACUUUAGCGUUUCCUCCUGAAUUAGUUUCCAUGGUGACGGGUUGAUACCGCCUUCAGACAGACUUUACAGCGGGGAGUGGUUUACUCUUCAUCUGAAACUGUGAAGUCGUACCAAUUCAACACGACUGACUCGCUCUUGUCCUAUUUAACCACGAAAUUAUCGCCUUCUUUAACAAACGCCUGCAGGAAGGGGGAGGAGCCUACGGUGGCCUGGAGGGGCGAGACAUGAUAGAGAGGAAAACCGAUUUGAUGAUUUUAAUUUUUUGACAUCGUGAUAAUCAAAUAAUCUGAUUAUGAUCUAAAAUCGAUUGAUCGUGCAGCCCUACCUUACAGGUUCUUUCUUCUCGUGUGUUCGGACAGAGAAGGAUUUCAGCUCCAGAGCAGGAACUCAAACCGUAACACCUGACCUGCUCUCUCUCCACGUCUUUGUUUGAAGCUCUGAUCUUUGUUUAAGGUUAACGUCGGAUUAUCAGUCAGACAAACUUCAGGUUAAAGGUCACUAAGUCGUAGUGAUGAUGGUUCACGUCAUGCCAUCAAAAGGACGGAGGUGAAAAACUGCUUACAGCUGAAAGCACAUUUACAAAUUUGUCUUCUUGGAUGAUUAAACAGAUUAUUGUCCCGCUAAACUCUGUAGUUAAAGCUGUUAGAGCUACACAACCUUUACCACGAGGUGAGACGACAACAAACGUGUAUCUCUGCACCGGGUCAGUGUUGGAAGGGAGGGUGUGAAGGGAAUCAAAAUGAGAGAGAGCGAGAGAGAGAGCGAGAGAGAGAGAGAGAGAGAGAGGUUAUUAUGAUGGAGAGAGGAACACAGGAAUUAAAAAUGAAGUGAAGCGAGGCGGAAACUAUUGAUGAGGUCGACGGAGUCACAGGAAAGAGGGAGGAGAAAACGUGCGCCGCAGCGUUUACCGAGUGAAGCCACCCUCCUGAGUCGAUGCGCGGCUGCGGUGUGAUGUUUCUGUCGGCGUGUUUUUCCUCCGCCGUGUUUGUGGGUCUGACAAAAUGUUGAAAUGCAGUGGGCAUGAGGUGAUGGAGUCAUGCCAAGGGUGCUGACAGGAUCAUGUGAUGUUUCUCGGGGUGAUGGAGUGCACUCUGCGUGGUCGUUUGACUUUAAAAAAGUUGUUUCUCUGUGGGUGGCGAUGAGGAUCGUAACCAAAGCAACAACAACCAAAAAAAAGAGAAGUGUAAAUACCUCGGCCCUGGGGGAGGAGAAGAGGUCCAUCUUUGGUUUGACUGUCUUCCUAAAGAGAGACAAAGAGACACUGAGUGUUAAUGAUCAAACCUGAGGGAACCCUCACUCAUUCACAUGAUGUGACUCAGCUGUUUCAGACUCUCAUGAUCAGGUGACUGCUCCACUACCUGGAUGUAAACAUUCACAGACGACAGAUGAGGAACAACACGACUUCAGCUUAAACGACUGAAACUCAAUUAUGAACAUCCUCCAGACUUUGAAGCUCAUUAUGGUUUAUGAGAAACUCCAGACAUCCAACAACUACCAGACGUACGUUCCUGUCGAUCAAUAAAGUUCCUGAUCAACUUGUGGUGAAUACUAGUCAGUGCGAGUGUCAGCUGCACCAAUCACGAUCGAGCUGAGAGUUAUGAUGUUUGUUUACUCUGAAGUAGGGCUGCACAACUUAUCGAUUUUAAAUCAUAAUCGGAUUAUUUGAUUAUGACGAUGUUAAAAAAAUCAAAAUCCUCAAAUCGAUUUUCCUCUCUUUCGUGCCUCCAGGCCACCGUAGGCUCCUCCCCCUUCCUGCAGGCGUUUGUUAAAGAAGGCGAUAAUUUCGUGGUUAAAUAGGACAAGAGCGAGUCAGUCGUGUUGAAUUGGUACGACUUCACAGUUUCAGAUGAAGAGUAAACCACUCCCCGCUGUAAAGUCUGUCUGAAGGCGGUAUCAACCCGUCACCAUGGAAACUAAUUCAGGAGGAAACGCUAAAGUUUUUUGUCGUAUCGGCGUUUCAGGUGACUGUAAACGGUACUUUUUAAAAACAGGUCAGAGAGUGAAUAAAUCUGUAAACGACGACCAUUUCAUCUCCGUGUGGAUGUCUAUCUGCAUCUCUGGAAACGGUCAUGUGACACACAGAGGAACUCUUUUAUGGCACCUGCGCGAGUCCGACUAAAACAACAUUUCCUGUGCAGCGUUACAGCGCCACUUACUGGCUUGGCAUAUGAAGUAGAUCGUUUUCAGAGAGAUGACAGAAAAACUUAAUUUUAAAGUGAAGUUUGGUGAAGUUUUCACUGAAUAAAAAAAACAAAAAAAUCGAGUUUUCAGAGAAAAAAAAAAAAAUCAGGAUUUUUUUUUUUAUCGUGCCGCUCUGCUCUAAAGUCACACUGACUGUCAGAAACAUGUUUAAGAUGAUAAAUCAGAUUAAAAACACAGAAUUAAAGCUCCUGUGAAGAUUUUUGGGUUUGUGUUUAUUUUGGCGCCCCCCUCUGGUCAAAUAAGUCUUUGCUAAUGUUGACCUGUGCGAGCCGCAGCUGAUCUUUGAGUGAAAAUCUAAAUAUUGCUGAUGUCUGAUCGUCACAUUCAUCAUUUAUUUAAUUAUUCAACAUUAUAAGGACAGAAGAAGUGAGGGAACAUUCGCUUUCUGUAACGGACACAGAAACAGAGGAAGUCCUGAGAGUCUAAAUUUGCAUCACUUCCUGUUGAGAGCGCCCUGCUUUACCACAUACCCUCCUGGUGUAACCUGACCACAGGGGGGUGAGCCAAUCAGAGGGCUGGAAGCCGUUAUGAAUGAGGAAGUGUGGCGUGAAAACGGAAAACAGGAGUUUUCUCUGUGACAAACUGAAGAGCGUUUUCUGCUUCAGUGCUUCAGAUGAAACAUCAGCGGAGCGUCUUCACUCAGAAAAGACUCGUACUGAGGUGACAGUAGAUGUUAGUGAAGGAACCUGAGUAUCAAAUAUCACUGAGGAUUAGUCUGUAUUUAAAGUCUUUGCUGCUAAAAUCAAAAUAGGUUUUUAAGGCUUGAAUCUAAAAGGUCGUUUGACUCUUUUCUUCCCCGUCGUGGUCAAAAACUUGGACGAUGGACUUGACUUCAUUGAUCUUAUAUUUGUCCUCUAAAAGUUUGAUCAGCUGCAAACAGGAAGUUCAAACCUGCUCAGUCUGCUGCAAACACUCGAAACGUUUCAUAACCUGUUUGAGAAAAACACGCCGAGCGUCAUCCGUCCAUCAGGGAGGAGACGCUGAGAGGCUGUUGGAGGGGCGGGUAACUGACAGGAAACGUGCUGCAGGUCGAUCAGCUGUGACAACUACCAAAGAGGUGUAAUUAAGUGACAUUAUUCAAUCAAUCUAAUCAAUAAUAUGAUCACGCACACAGAGACAGAGCGUGCAUGUUACGCUCCACUCUCUCUCUACGCUGAAGUCGUCUUUCUGAAUCACUAAAAUCAGUUCACUAAAAAGAUUCGUUCAAAAGAUUCGUUCACUGAAUCACUGACUCUGGUUCAGGUUUUAGUGGUCCAAAGUGGGUCACGAAUUAGCAGCUGUCACCUUCAAAAUCAGGAGGAUUUCCUGAAUCAAUGAUUGUCAAGAUUACAGAUUAUGGUUCAGUUCUUCACACAGACCCCCUGCUUGUUAAGCUACUAGAUUGAUUUGACUAUAAGGACCCAAAUUCAGGAAAUAAAAGCUGAACAAACUGACAGACAAACCGGCGUUCAUCGAUAUUUCAGUCGUUUCUCAUUUGUUCAAAGCUGCAAACAGGAUCUAAUCCAGCUUCUAACCUCAAAUGUUGUUUGUGUCGGUGAAGUUUAUGUAUCAAUAUCACUAAUUAUCAUCAAAAAUCACUAUUUUUAAUCAUGUUAUUUAUCAUAGAGCUGGUUCAUCAGCAGGAACACACCUCGUUAACCUCCUCACAUGUUACAGAGACCUCAGGGGCCGGAUCACGACCAUAAUCAUAACCAUCAUCCAUCCUCAGCUAAUAUCUUUAUCUACUCUGGGAUUUAAAGGUGUUUUCACUGGAGGUCUGACCGUCCAGAGGAGACAGGGGGGGGGCCUACUGAAGCUCUGUGACUCAGCUGACCCCCCACACUCCUCGGUACACGGAGGUUCAUAAAGACUCCAAUAAAGGUCUGGACCCCCGUUAACUCUGAGUCUCAUUAGCUCUCUUUUAGGGAACAGUUUCUAUGAAGCUAAGGGGGUCCGCCUGCAUGUUGAGCGUCUCUCCCUGUCCCUGCAGGGUCGGGGGGUGGGGCUUACACUUUUCGGGUCGGUGGCCGGAGACGCCUGAGGGCUCUUGGCUGGUGCUCACUGUCCUGGUCCGUCUGGUAGAAAAACAUCCUGAGAGCCUCGUCCAGCAGAAACCAUAUCGGCUGACCCAACAACCCCUGAGAGCGAGAGAGAGAGAGAGAGAGAGAGGGAGAGAGAGAGAGAGAGAGAGAGAGAGAGAGAGGAUGGGAGAGAGAGAGAGAGAGAGAGGGAGAGAGAGAGGAUGAGGUGAAGUGAAGAUGUGGCGACAGGUAAGAUGGAGGACGGAGACAAACCGAGUGAAUGAAGUCCACUGAGACAGAAGGGUGUAAGGAGAGUGGGAGAGUGGAGUGGUGGGAGAUCGGCGCCAUAAAGAUGGAAGGAGUGAUGAGAUGAGUUAGAGGAGAUGAAGCGAACAAGAUUACAAGAGCAAGGCGAGCGAAGGCGAGAUGAGAAGCAUGUAGGUUGCGGGGAAAAAAAAAAAAAAAAAGAGCAAAGCAGAAAAGAGAAGUGAGUGAGUGGGAGAAAGAGAAGCUGAUGGUGUUUUUAGCGAUGGAGCAACAGUGAAACAUGUCAAAAGUCCCGCAACUACAGUCAGUCAGACGUGAUGUGGGCACAGGGCAGAGCAGAGAGAAGAGAGCAGCUACGCCUACAUGGUGAGCUCCAUCUGCAAACUACAGCUGAAAUAUCCGAGUCAGUGCUUAUCCACCUACAGCAUCGCUCAGCCCACCAAGUUUGGAGGCUCCUGCACUGCAGCUACAAAAGACACGCCAGCAUGCCAACGAUUCAGAGAGAGAAGAGCAGCAGGAUGAGAGUCACAUGAUUACCUUCAUGUACAUGUUGAGAUCAGGGAUCCUGCUCUCUGCGAUCUCCUGCUUGUUGCCGAUGAAGACUUUCCCUGCAGAGAGGAAGGUGCAGGGUUUAGAUGUGAGCGUGCACAAACAGAUGUUUUCUGGAGCGUGCACGGAGAGCUAAAACAAGGUGAUCAUCUUCAUCAUGCAUGCAACGGUUAUUUCAGACUCCUCAGUCAGUGUUUCCGCCUGGCUGCAGUUCAAUGACUCUUACAGUCUGCAGACCGUCAAACUCAAAGGUUCCCUCUGGAGUUUCAGAGAUGGACGAGCUUCCAGGCGAUCCACGACUCGGCUGACUGACAGUUAUUGACAGUGAUGAGUAAAGAUGCUCAGACACACAGAAAUCUGCCAGCAGGUUAAAGGACUUGAUGUGGUUUUUUCCCUGCUCCUUUAGAAUAACGCGGCCCCUUCAAUCUCCACAUUUCCAGCAUAUAUAACAGGCAGGUGUGAGUUUUUCUUUUUCUCUCUCGGUGCAUCAGGAUUAGAUCAUGAGUGGGAAUCGCCAAAGUGGCGCUCUGGUUCGGUGAAAUGAAAAAGCAGCCAGAGGUAGUGAGACAUCCUGGUAUUACGGAGGCACACUUGGUCUGUUCACAGCGGUCUGAGAUGGAAAAAGUCAUUUUCUACGUUUGAGAGAAAAACAACAUUAUGAUGGAGGUUUGUGACGUGUGAAAAAGGGAAACUUGCAAAAGAAUCGUAAUGAUAAUGAUGUCUGUUUAUCACUGUCCGAUUACUGCUGAUAUCAGCAAGUUUUUCUAUCGUCUCUCAAACUAAACCACUGAAAAUAAUGUAGUUCAUAUGCCGAGACAGUAAGUGGCGCUGUAACGCUGCACAGGAAAUGCAAAAAAAAAAGACAGAAGAAGAGUACAGAGCGCGUGUAAAAAGGUUGUUUUGGUCGAACAUGCUCAGGCGCCAUAAAAGAGCUUCGCUGUGUGUCACAUGAUCAGAAAGGAGGAGGAGUCUAUGGUGGCCCAGAGGCGCGAGACAUGAUGGAGAGGAAAAUCGAUUUGAGGAUUUUAAUUUUUUUAACAUUGACAUAAUCAAAUAAUCGGAUUAUGAUUUAAAAUGGAUUAAUCGUGCAGCCCUGACAUGAAGUUUAAGAAUUUGUCGUCACCAGAGUGUGAAACACGACGAUAAUUUAAAGUCCUUUUACUCAAUUCUUCACUCAGACAUCAGUACACAGACAAAGACCUACUGAUAAUAGAAUCAGCUGAUUUCAUUAAAAACAGCUCUAUAGUUUUUAUGUCUAUGCUGUGAGCAGACUGGGACUUCUGUUUCUGGCUGCCGGUCUCACGAAGCGAGUGGGUUUGCAGCGAGUCGCUACUUCAAUCAUGUGAACUAACGCUCCAGAUAUUUUCAGGAAAACUUCGUUCCUGUUUAUUUCUGACACCACAGCAGGUCCAGUUAAAACGGACCCCCCCCCCCCCUCCACCUGACUCUGCCGUUAAAUCCAGUUCAGCACCGUCUUAAUGACCCUCGGCCGCAGCAUCCAGCCCUGCUCUCCUCUCCUCUCAGUUUCCAUCCUCUCGUUCCCUCUUAAGCAUGAUAAGUCAUUCACUCACUGGCAGGCACAGAUCCACUCGUUUCCUCACUCACAGAUGAAUCACUCACUCAUCGCUCACCUUUCACCAUCAGCCGGGACCUCGCUGAAGAAAAAAGAAACGCUCUCCUGACCUUGAAUCGAUCGUACCAGAGCUUCUGUUUUGGAUUAUAUCAUCCAUAUGAUAUUCAGCACAAAGGUCACAUUAUGAGGAUAUGAGCCGGCGUACAAAGAGAAGGUCUGAGAUGAUGAAAUCUAUUAACCGACACUGAAAGAGGAGAAACAUUUGCUAUAGUUGGUUUCAUAAUUCAGAGUUUAUUCAGGUUUGACCGCACAGAUCUGUCUCCUUUGUUUUUCGUCCUCCCCUCUGUUUCCCUCCUGUCUUUCUUAUUCCCUCUCUAUCCUGAUGAGAUCUGGCAGUGCAAUUAAACCCAUCAGAUCUAAUAUUACCCAGCAGACUCCUCGGUGGCAGACGCUUAAUCAGUUUGUGGGAAAAGUAGAACUUUCUCUAAAUCAAAAGCGACAAUGAGAGAAACUGUCGAAAAGAGUUCAUUAUAAAAAAACAACAAAAUCCUGGAGUUUCAAAAGUUCAACAGUUUCAUUUAGGAAUAAAGAGUUUCAACAAGGACCACAAUGAUUUUACAGAGACUCUAAAGACUAAAAUAGGAUAUAGGGCUCAUGCGCUCCUACCAAACCAAGCGAGAUGAAACGAAGACCAAGAAUAAGAAUCAUGUGGACCUUCAGCUCCGGUUUGGCACACAGCUCAUGGAGGAAACACGGGGGAGACGGAGUGAAGAGAUCAGAGCACAGCAGAGGCUGUGAUUGGACGGUCGGGUUUGGCAGAGGACCACCAAGAACCACGAGGAGAGAGAGAGAGAGGAACCUGCUGGGAUACACAGCAAAUCUAUUUCCUUUAUAUCUAUAUAUCUUCAUUUUCAUUUUCUCAGUAACAGCCGUAACACCUGAAACAGACGAGUUUACAGAGUUGGUCUUAAAUAUCCUAAAUAUCUGUGAGAGGCUUCAGAUGACACCAGAAAUUCAAUGUAACGUGCAAAUAGGGCUGAGCGAUAUGACCUCAAAUCAAUAUCCUGAUAUAUUGAUCAGUUCACCUCGAUAACGAUAAAUGGACGAUAACUACUCCACCAGCUGCUCAGCCCCUCCCACAUUAACUUCGUCUACUUCAGCCGCUCCAACUUUCUCUCCGUCCUCCAUCUCCUCACCUGUCUGUCCCUCUUUGUUACAGACUGGAGGGGGCGGAGUCACGUCUCUGAUGUAGGACAGCGUCUUAAAAGGGACAUGAGACCAUAGCCUACCUACACACAUCCAAAAACAACUUUGAUUUAUUUAUUUACAUCGAAUAUACUGACAAGGGCAAAAUGACAAUGUCAGUUAUAGACGUAAAUUUCUGUAAAUUUCUGUAAAUUUUGAGUUUAUCGUCCAGCCCUACCUUCAGCCAUGUUUGUUUGUCAUCGGGGUGAAAUGACGUCUAAAAACCUUUCACUUGUUCGUCUCCGCCCGUUUGCGGAUGUUUUAUUUUGUGUCUGUCCCCGACUUCCUGUCCAGCUCGGGUUCAUCUGUGCUGAAUUUAUGUCGUGGCGUCCGGAAACUUUGAACCCCGGUGAUCGGCGAUGAAGCCCGCUGAACCGAAGGCGGCAGAAAGAAGUCGGUGGAAUUCUGACGAGUUAACUUGACGUUUUUUUCGCUGCUGUUCGACAUGCGGUGGAAGUUUGGGGAUGACUCCUCCUCUUUUGACAUCUCGCUCCCUUAAAUACUAAACCCCAGACUUAUUUUGUUGGUUCUUGUUUCUUUUGUAAAGUAUGAAGUAUAAGACACACGUUUGAGCACAUUCAUAGAUGGAUGGAUGUUUUCAACGACUUCAUCUCUCUUCUUCUUCUGCUGGUUAUCAUCGUGUAUGAAGGAGGACUCCUGCUGACCUCACAGAUCUGUACCUCAGGGCGGUUACAGAAGACGGAUCGCUCUGCAGAGUUUUGACAUUUAUUGUGACAACAUGUCAGUGAGCUGCAGGUAUUAUUAGACUUCAGCUGUUCUGAGAGGAUUUCAGGGCGUUGAAGGGAGUUGCAUCAGGUGAAGUCAUUUUAAUAGAAGGGGAGUUUGUAGAGAAGUUGACAUUUUCCCUCAGUGGAUCAGGAGCUCAUCAUUAGAGAUGUCUUCAGCUGAUGUUCUGUGCGGUUCCUGGAUAGGUCAUAUUUAAAUGGAUGGGUAUUAGCCAACUCCACGCCUGUUAAAACCUGAUCUUCUGGGUUUUGUUUUGCACAUGUCAGCCUGUCAGGAGAUCUGUCUUCAUUAAUGAUGGCGGCUCAGACCGCAGCCGUACUUCGGAAAAGUGAGAGUGAAGAUUUUAAACAUUCUGGCCUCACAGUGAAACAGAGAAGUAACGGAUCUCCUACUUUUACUCCUUACGUUUCUAUGAGGAGCUAAUGUCUGUCUAACGUGCUGGUUCAAGGUUAAAGGUUAAAGGUUCAAGGUUCAAGGUUCAGAGGCGUUUUAUGAUAGCUAUAAAAGUAAAGAGUGCAAAGAGGUAAAACACAUGUGCUUUUAUUCCUCCUUUAAUAUAAAGUUUUUCCAUCAUCUCUAUGAAAACGAUGUAGUUCAUAUGCCAGGUCAGUAAGUGGCGCUGUAACAGGAAAUGCACCAAAGACAGAAGAAGAGUACAGAGCAUGUGUAUAAAGGUUGUUUCGGCGCCAUAAAAGAGUUCCUCUGUGUGUCACAUGAUCGUUUCCAGAGAUGCAGAUAGACAUCCACACGGAGAUGAAAUGGUCGUCGUUUACAGAUUUAUUCACUCUCUGACCCGUUUUCAAAAAGUACCGUUUACAGUCACCUGAAACGCCGACGAUACAAAAAAAACUUUAGUGUUUCCUCCUGAAUUCGUUUCCGUGGUGACGGGUUGAUACCGCCUUCAGACAGACUUUACAGCGGGGAGUGGUUUACUCUUCAUCUGAAACUGUGAAGUCGUACCAAUUCAACACGACUGACUCGCUCUUGUCCUAUUUAACCACGAAAUUAUCGCCUUCUUUAGCAAACGCCAUGUUUGUUUACACUGGUGUGUGUGGGAGGAGGAGCCUACGGUGGCCUGGAGGCACGAAAGAGAGGAAAAUGGAUUUGAGGAUUUUAAUUUUUUAACAUCGUCAUAAUCAAAUAAUCAGUUAAUGGUGCAGCCCUACAGGAGGACGUGUUGCUAACUCGAAGUAACCAUGAACCAACAGGCCGAAGGGCGCCAACAUCGGCACAAGCUCAUCUGUGAUUUUUAUCAACUUUAUUUCCAUUUCAAGUCAAGAUUUCAUCCACAGAGGAAAUGUAGAAACGCUGUGACUCUGACGGCCCUCCUCCUCUUCCUGCUUUUACUCUAAAAAGACUCGUCGCCUCUUAAAUCAAUCUUCAUAUCAACAGUAUGAGUUUUAAUUUAGUUUUUCUGCUGUAUCUCCUGUCCUCAACUUCACAUGAGUAUGCGGCGUCGAGUUUCUUAAAUGUGCGCUGAGUCUACCCUCACAACUUCAGCGGUAUCAGAAGGAAGUUUGUAAUCCGAUCUGCACCCCCCACAGCAGCUCUGAUCCUCUGUUAGAGCGCUUCUAAACUCAUCCAGACAAAGAAGAGAGCGCUGCACGCCGUGUUUCAGGGACGAUCCUCCGUUUAAGGAUGGAGUUUAAUCGCUCUCAUCUCAUCCAGAUGGGUCACAGUUUCCCCAGACAUGUAAAGUACAUCUAGACAAAGUACGUCUAGACAGCUGUGACCACCAUCUCCGUCUGUCUCUGUGCGUGUGCACGAGGUCAAGCGGUGUAAGUGAGCGCGUCCCUGAAGGUGAGAGCUGAGAUGAUGCAGCAACAUGUUUCCUGAGUUUCCAGGCGGCAGCAAAGCCCUGACUCAGCAGAUUCAUCCCGUGAAAAAUGGAAACGACAGUAACCCUGGCAACCGCACUUCAUCCUCACUCAACAGGAGAGUCAUGCAGCACUCAUUUUAGAGCUACAGUUUCACUUCAGUGAAGCCGUGCAGCCUGAAACUGAAGGAUGGACUGACGGUUCACAGAGAUCACGUGGAAAUGUGAGCGUCCUUGUCGGCGCCGCGUUAAAGCUGACGUCUUUAGGCUUCAGAAUAAACUACAGCUAUAAAACAACAACAAUAAUAAUAAUAAUAAUAAUAAUAAUAAUAAUGAAGCAUCAGAUUUUAUAACCCUUUUUGUCAGUGACCUCAAGGCACUUUACAUUGAAUACAUCAUUCAUUCGCUAGCCAGUUUGCGCCUCCACCUCUCUGACCAAUCACACACCAAAACAAAUGAACCUCCAAUCAAAUCCAAGAAAAAGGUCAUGUGAUAUAAAAAGACACGCCUCCUCUGCUUCUCUUUGAGCCGUGCUGCAGGAAGAAUAAAAAGUGAUUUCUGCGUGUUUGAGUUUGUGAGCCGAUUAAACACCAGAUCAACAGUUUAAUCUGAACCGACUCAGUGUACCGAGUGAUCUGCAGCACCUCCAUGUAAUUGAUUAGCCAGUUUAUGAAGCAGGAUUUGAACCCUGUUUGCUUCACCAUAUAACCAAAUGACUGACUGUUUCAGUGAUCGAGCUGUUUGUCUGUGAAGCUGAGACGUCUGUUUUUACCUUCUGGAUCUCUGCUCUAUGUUGGUCAGUUUUCUCAGCGCCUUACACUACAAUCCCAAACCGCCUCUACACACUCUCCCUCCGCCAUGUUGAAGGACGUCCCAAACCACAGAGUGAGGAGAGGGAGUGGACCGUUCAGCCCUUUAAUAGCGAGUCUGCAGCGGUGCACACUCAGGACAGGAUUUGCAGGUCGUGCGGCGGCAAAAAUGAAGAAGGAGGAACAACAAACAAAUCUAAGUUCCGAUGUUUCCACAUUUGUCUCACUGACAAAAAAAAUCACAAAGAUGAUGUUUGGAAAGAUCAAACUGAAGUCAGAAAUCUUCCUCUGUGCUGAGGUUGGAUUGGUCAGAAACAUGUCCAAUAGUGAAGGAGUUCAAAGACGUGGAAUCACUAACAGUCAGAAGUUUAAUUCAGCUCCUGUCUCUGUAAUAGUUCCUGGAUUCAUGAUUUUACUGCGAGGAUGAAAAAACGAGGCAAACAGAGCAGCUCAGAACUGAACAUGAUGUCCGUUUUUAUCACGGCUUUCAAGUUUGAAGAUGCUCCUCCAUGUUUUUUACCUUGUUGACCCUGUUCAUGAUCAUUUCACACAGAGUCCUAACAUUAGAGGAAGUCAGAGACCUGUGGUGUUUGGGUUAGACUCUCCGCCCUGAGUUCUCUGCUGAACUACGAGCCCCUAACAGACAUGUAUGCAGACAAUGUGAAAUCAGACACUGUGAUCAAUAUUGUGGCCCAGCUGCAGGUACUGGUGCUGAAAACUCACCUGGAAGUGUGGGCAGAAUACAGGUGUUGGGACCAGGUUUUUCAGGGUUUUCAGGUGAGUACUUGGACUCCAGGAUCUGGUGCAGGUUGAAGAACUCUCUGUACCUUCUGUAGAUGAGAUAUUUACUCCCUCCUUUAGUCCUGACCUCAAUCACAAACCUCUGGGAGAGGAAAUCGAGACAGGAGUGAGGGUGAGGAAGGGAUCUGAAGUCAUUUUAAUUCAAAGACAGAAAGAUUUGUUUUCCUUUUCUUACAUAAUAGUCGAUGAAACCUUUCUUCUCCUCAAUAUCGGCGAUGGUCGCAGAGACAGCGAUGUUAUGAGGCAGCUGAUCGAAAUCACUGAGAGAGAAAAGAAACUGGUGAGAUAUUCACGCAACUUAAAGGGAUAUUCUGGUGUGAAAUAAAUUUAGGGUCAAACACACCGAGUUAGACCCCCCCUCCAGAGAUGAAUGUUGUCGACCGCUUCCUUCUCUAGUUAUACCAACUUUAGUAACGACCGCAUGAUAGAAAUACAGAGAGGUCUGAGGAGCCAUAAACAAACCUCAACCAAAACGCCACUCUAUAGACACAAAUAAUGCUCAGAACAGCACCUAACUUCAUCAACAGGACAUAUAGGGUCACAGACAUAGUACUAUAUUCAGAGUUGUUCGAACUCCUAAGAAAACAUAAACUUAAGCGGGGACGUUUCUCCACUUCUGUAGUCUAUAAGCUGGGCCAAUAAACUUCUACUGUAGUAAAACGAAAAGGUAAAGGUGUUUUUAUUGAGCCGAAUCAUCAAUAAAAUCAUGAUUUUGUUAACAGGUAUAGAUUUAUGUUCUGUCGAGUUAAUAUAUUUGAACAAGAGCACAGUAAAGUUAAAUCAGCUAAUUUUCCAAUGAGGUUCUGUUACUGAACGGAACUACACCAUGAUCUACUGAGGUUAGUACAUAUAGGGUCACAGACAUAGUACUAGACACCAAACAUCUUUUUAACUUUGACUCAUUUCUUUAACAAAGAGACUAAACACAACUCACCUACUCUCUUCCAGCAGACGCUUGUUUGAAGCGAGACCUCAGGCCAGUCCAUUAUGGACUACAGCGGGGUGCCGCAGCUCAAGGAAGAACAUUUAACUAACUAGAGAAGCAAGCGGUUGGCACCAUUCAUCUCUGGAGGGGGGGUCUAACUCGGUGUUAAGGUGUGUUUGACCCUAACUCAAUUUUAUGGUGGAAUUUCCCUUUAAAUCACAAACAAACUUUCAGGCUGAAUUUUUCAAUCAUCAAGUCUUAAAUUCAAAAUUCAUUGAACAAAAAUUCUCUGAAUUAAAGAAAGAGAAACAAGAAAGUCGAACUCAUUUUCAAGAGACAGAAAGUCUGUUUCUAGUUUCACUUCUUUGUUUCUUUAUUUGAGGAUUUCUGCUGCAGCGAUUAUCAAAGAACAAACUCAGGCCUGUAGAGUCCUGAUAGUGUCCUGAUCCUGUUGACUGUCAGUAUGGAGUCUCUUCACGUCCUCAGGCUGUUUCUGUUUGGUUAGGGUUAGGGUAGUUUCUACAGACUCACCUCUCGUCUCGGAGCUGCUGCAUGAUGUCGUUUAAAGGUGGAUUCAGUCUGAGUGAAACGGAGAGCCGUCAGUCCUCCUCCUGAGCUCUUCUCUGAGGUCUGCUCUCACACCCUGAACUCUCAGUCUGUUCUCAUGUCGAACUGUGCGGAACCAGACAGACAGGAGGAAGCGAGAGUUCCCCAAAAAGACCGGAGGAGGAGGGGGUUUCAUUGGGCUGCAGGGUGAAGGAGUCACGUGGAGGGCGGGGAGCAGGUGUGGCACGCGACAAAAACCCUAAAAUGAACCGAAUAAACGGGGAAGAUGGAGGAGAGGAGAAACUGAGGCUUCACUCUGCAGAUUUAUGGGCUGAGAUCCUCAAAAAUACAGAUUUAUUUACAGAAAACCGUCAGAAGUCUCUCUGAACAUGUUUUUUUAUUUUAUAAUAUCUACCCAUCAAACCUUUCAGCUUUGAAGAAACACAUUUGUAGGUCAUACAGCGACAGUUCAACUCCAGUAAUACUUAUGAUAGGGGAGGGUGGGGUCGGUUGAUCCACCUCCUGUUGGUUGGAAAUGGUCAAAGAAAUUGAUCAUGUGACCAAAUAUUGAGGAGAUGGUCAUCAAUUCAUGGAGUCAGUGAAGGUUAGAAGCUCAUGGGUGAAGGGGUUAGACAUUUAUUUACAUGUUUCACUCUGUAAGGUGAAUUUAGUCUUUAGUCUUCAGUUUGAUUAGAACUGUACACGGGGUGACCCUCCCCACUGAGCAUUAGUGCUUCCAUACACAUUAGCUGUCUUAGUUUCUAGACAGAAAUUCCCUCGUCUAUAAUCAGUCUAUAUUUUAGCCCGAUCGAGAUGAUAGAAUUUAAUCCAUUAAUUAUAAAAAACAAAUGUAAAUUCAAUAAACGGCUAGUCAAAGCUUGGAAAAUCGGUCAACCACUGAGCGUUUUUUAGCCGAGACGUCAAGGGACCUUUAGACGUCUAUUAAACGAUUUUUAAACCGAAAACUGUCGUUGGGUACUUAAUAAUAUUUAAUGAAUACAGCUGCUGUUGGGCUGAAUCUAUAAAAUAAAAUUCUUUGUGUGGUUAUUAAGUAAAAAAUCGGAAUAUUUAAAGCUCCUGUGAGGAACUUUGUGUGGUUUUUGGCGCCCCCCUGAGGACAAAAGAGUUCCACUUAUUUCUUUACCAAUUUUACCCAAGCAGCAACCUCUGGUCUUGAGAAAUGGAGGCAAAGCGUGGGUGCUAAAAACUGCAGUUCCCAAGGUGUCCAGUAGAGGCUGACUGCAGAAGCAGCAGGAAGCACAAACCUGGGCUUGUUUGCAUUUAAAAAUGUUUUGUGUAUUUAAUAAAUGACCAAAAACUCCCUACAGGAGCUUUAAAUUAAACGUGUCGCUUCUUCCCACUUUUUACUCGUUUCUUAUCGCUCUUUUUGAAGAUGAUCAAGUUUGAUUUUUUAAGGUCCCAUCACGGCAUCAGUAUCAGUUCAGUCUGAAAACCCCUCACAGGAGCUUUAAUCACAUAAUUACAGCAGCUUUUAAGGACGUCAGGAAAGACGUGUUUUUGACGUUUCUCUUCCCUCCUUCAUGCAUCUGGUUCGUUUCCUGAAAUCUAGAGUUUGGUGUCUGAAUCUUCUCCAGUCAGACUGACAUUUGUUUUUGGAGUAAAGCUUGAUUAAAACUGUCCUCUGUUUCUCUCGUAGGGGUCACUGUACUAAAAUCAUCAGCUGUAAAUGAGUUUUUAAGAGCAGCUUUUAAAAAUAGUCGCCCUUCGGGGUUAAACUCUGUCCUGGGACUCUCAAAGCACUUCACACAAAGCAAACAACACUGAUUGUAUUUCGUGGUCUUCAGAAGCUCACACGUGUUCAGCAGCCUGAACACCAGCGGAGCCAGAAGCUCCGUCUUUACCAUCGGUUCAUCACUCCCACGUCCAAUUUGACUGAUUGGCUUAAAUACCGUAAACAAGCAAGAUGGCUGUUGUCUAACCUCCCACGCUGCGGCGCACAAUGAAGGACUCAUUUAUGUCAGGAAAACAAAAAGCACAACCGUACUCCAGUGAAGACGGUCUAUUCUGAUGGUGCAGGGAGCUUUUGACGUUCUCUCAAUGAGAAACUUUGAAGAAGGAAAACAAAGUUCAGAAGAAACAGAAAUCAUCAUGGAGAGAAUCACAGACGUCUUCUCAUCCUCGUUCUUUUUCCAGCUCUUUGGAUGCUGAUGAUCCAUCUGGGUGAACCUUUGUGAGAUACAGCAGAUGGAAAAUGAAGUUCACCAUGUUAAAGGGACAUCUUUUAGCUAAACAGUUAACGUCAUCCUCCAAGCUGAGCUGCUUAAACUGACCGGUUUGCUCACAUUCCCCAGAGUCCUCCUGCCUCAGUCCCAGUCCUGGUCCUAGUCCUGGUCCUGGUCCUGGUAGUCGCAGCGUUGGACCAGCCUCAUUAGAUAGAACAGAUGACACAGUAUCAUGAUUUCUCUGUAGCGUCACAGUUAUUCCCUCUCAGGUCAUCAUGAGUGGGACCCACACCUGCGUGUUGAGGAGAUAACCGUCCUCCUCCACCCGUUAGGUCAACAGAGACUCCUCUUCAACACUCACACAUUCUUUCUUCCUAUCUUCUCGUCUUAUCUCGUCUGAAGCUGUAAGUACACAUUCUCUCAUCACACGCACACCCUUUCACAAACAUGUCACAGAGUUAACCCUUUAACCGAGUCACAGACGAGAACUGUUGACUAAAACUUAAAGCUCCAAUAGGGAGUUUUUAGAUCCUUAUUUUAUUGCCUUAAACUCAAUUUUUAUUCAUCAAUCAAUUUUUAUUCAUCAAUCAAUCUUUAUUCAUCAAUCAAUCUUUAUUUAUAGCCUCAUUUCACAACAAGAGUUAUUCCAAAACAAAAGUUAGUCUAAACCGUACUCCAGAUUCACUCCCAUCACAUCUUCAACAUUAUGAUGUAGGGCUGAACGAUCAAUCGAUUUUUGAUCAUAAUCAGAUUAUUUAAUUAUGAUGAUGUUAAAAAAAUUAAAAUUGUCAAAUCGAUUUUUCUCUCUAUCAUGUCUCGCCCCUCCAGGCCACCGUAGGCUCCUCCUUCCUGUGUAAACAAACAUGGCGUUUGCAAAAGAAGGCGAUAAUUUCGUGGUUAAAUAGGACAAGAGCGAGUCAGUCGUGUUGAAUUGGUACGACUUCACAGUUUCAGAUGAAGAGUAAACCACUCCCCGCUGUAAAGUCUGUCUGAAGGCGGUAUCAACCCGUCACCAUGGAAACUAAUUCAGGAGGAAACGCUAAAGUUUUUAGUCGUAUCGGCGUUUCAGGUGACUGUAAACGGUACUUUUUAAAAAACGGGUCAGAGAGUGAAUAAAUCUGUAAACGACGACCAUUUCAUCUCCGUGUGGAUGUCUAUCUGCAUCUCUGGAAACGAUCAUGUGACACACAGAGGAACUCUUUUAUGGCGCCAAAACAACCUUUAUACACAUGCUCUGUACUCUUCUUCUGUCUUUGUGCGUUUCCUGAGCAGCGUUACAGCGCCACCUACUGGCUUGGCAUAUGACCUACAUCAAAAUGGUGCAGCCCUGAUCUGAGUGAAACACUUUGCAGCAUUUAUUAAGUUACAGCGGAGAGGAAGAACUUCCUUUAACAGGCAGAAACCUCGAGCAGAACCAGACAGAUGUUGGACAGUCAUCUGCUGAGACUGAGGAGAGUUCCUUACAUGACCUUUAAGGUGACUGAGAACUGUGAAGUAUGAAGUAUCAACAGAUUAGUGAAGAUGGUCAUGUAAGAGUGGUUCCUGUCCAGUCUGGGGUCAGUCUGACAUGUUGGGGUCGUAGGGAUGGAGGUCCAUGGCAGCAGUGUCAGACCUGCUUGUGCAGAAUCUUGUUGUGUUUGUCUGGAUGCUGCAGAUGAUCCUCCUACAUGUUGUGAGGAGGGGGAACAGUCUAUAAGGCAUUCACCAUGACCGGUCCAAAUGAUAAGGGUCCUAGAAUUGUAAUCCCAGAGACGCAGACCUGGAUCUUCAGCCCUGGAUCUUCAGCCCUGGAUCUGCAGACACAUGAAACUCAAAACACCUGGAGGCAAAAGUGGGGACACAGCUGAUUAAAGGAUCAAACACUAGAUGUCAGCAAAGUCUUUCCUGUGCCGUCUGUGAGAGAGUCGAUCAUCACUCAGACUGAAGUACUUCAGAUAAAAUCCAGGUUUUCUAAAACACUCACGGUUUUUAAUCAAACAUGAUCCAGCUGACGUCUCUUUAGGGUCCUGGAUCUCUCAGAGACUCCACAGCUGCAGCAGGGUCUGCUGUUCUGCAUCAGCAACUACGGACACACACACACACACACACACACACACACACACACACAGAUCGUAAAGUAGACAGUAUCUGCACAGGAGUGUGAUGGUGCAUAAAGGAGUGUGUGUGUGUGUGUGUGUGUCACAUAUUGACUCCAUGUCUAUUCCUGAGCAGCCUCUAGGACACUGCUCAUAUAUCAGACCAGCUUUGAUUGCAGAAAAACUCUUCAAGGGUUUCUUUCUCUGCAGAUUCAGUCAUCAUCGUCUGCAAAGUUUUGUGUAUUCAUGUGUGCGACAGAGAGAGAGAGUGUGUGUGUUUGUAUGUGAAGGAGGGUUUAUGCAUCUGCUCUGGUGUGUAAUCUUACACUGUUGGAGACACCAGGGCACUGUUUAAAGUCUUAAAAGGAAAUAUUAUAAAGCUGCAGAGUAAACCAAACACACACACAUAUAUAUAUAUAUAUAGCAGAGAGUGUGAGUAAACAGUGUGUGUUUACCGCGCUGACAGCUGGAUCCUGUAGAAACAACAUAGAGAAGCUAAAAGAGGAAGAGGUGAGCAUGAGCAGAGAGCUGAGGUCAGAAUAAUCUGACGUUAACUUCCUGUUUCUCUCAGUAUGAUGAUGACAGAUUGGCUGAGUUAGAUAGUUAUGCUAAUUUUACUAAAUAUCAACGAUGCGUCCCCUCAGUGAAUCGACCGAAAACAGGAAGACGUCACAAACUGAAACUGAAAGGACUCAAAAGUGAAGAAAAAUUUAAUAGAUUUAAAUACAAUCAAGAGAAACUUACUCUGCCCACAUUUUCAGAUAAUAAUACUACUUAUUAUAUAUUUUAUUAUUUAUAAAACUUUUUUUUUGGCUUUAUGUCCUCCCUCUGUGCAGCUCAACAUAUUCCAAACUAUUAUUUUUUUAUACACACACAUAUAUAAAUAUAUAUUUUUUUGCUGAUAUAUAUUUAUUUAUUGUUUAUUAUUUUUUUAUAUAUACAAAUGUAUAUUUUUUGGUAAUAUAUUUGUAUAUAUUUUUCUUAUUAUGUACACACAUAUAUUUAUAUUUACUAAUAUAUUUGUUUGUUUAUCUAUUUAUUUAAUAUUGUUUUUAUAUACACACACAUAUUUAUAUUUGUAAUAUAUUUGUUUAUUUAUUUUUUCUCAUUAACUAUUAUUUUUUUGGGUUAUAUAUAUUAUUAUUUUUGUCUUUGUUUCUGAGUUGAAUUGUUUGACUUUAUGCUCCUGUCUGUUGAAAAAAUGUAAAAAAAAUAUUGUUAAAGAAAAAACAUGAUACCGUACGGUAGAUAAUACAGCAGAAAAUUUACAGUAAUGCAGUUAGAGUAUUUAGAUGCACAUAUGAAUAGUUUGUCCAUUCUGGGCCACGAUAUUUUGCAGCCUGAUCUUUUCACUGAUUUACACGUAUUAUAGUUCUGCUAAAUGCUGCGUACUGUACCUUUAAUAUCCCUAUGGUACAAAGUCGUCUUUGUGUCGGUGAACAGAAAUAAUAAUAAUCCUCUACAAAGCUGCUCUUUCCUCUCAGUUGAAGGUGUUUAUGAGCAGCCCCCACAUGUCCAAGGAGCAGCACCUCCAUCUCUGUUGUUCUUAUGAAAUCUCUGCAGUGAGUCUGCUGACCUUACGUAACUCUCUGCAAAACUCGGCUCAACUCUGACCUGAGCAGAAGUCUGUUUUAAAGAAUCACCAAAAACGCUCUUUAGGGACUGCAGAACAAACAGUUAGUAUCUCUGAGAACAGGACGUGUUCAGUCGUGUUUUAAAAUGAAGCUCUAAAUGAACUUUUCACUGCAGAGGAUCCGUCUCAGUCUGAUUCUUGUCUUCCUGUCCUCUGGACAUGCUGCAGAUCCACAGAACCAUCAGGAUGACUAACUGGAAUCUACCAGGGAAAUGUGGAUUAUUAUCUGCCUCAUUAUUUAACAGGUUGACUAUGUAACAAGCCAAACUCCCGGCAACUUGGUGUAUUCCUUUUAAAACUCACCGUCUCCCACACACACGCCCACACACACCAGCCGCAACAUUAGCACUAAAUAUACCACAAUAACCAGAGCCUGCAGUGCAGUCAUGCACAUUUGGCAAAGACUCCAGCUUCUCUCUCCCACUCCACGGAGCAUGUCAGCCUGAACCCGGCUCAUGGGGCUGUGCAGGGUGUUGGAGUCACCAGCAUUAAUGGGUACAAACUGAGGUUCGAGGACUCAGCAGAGUCCACGUUUAAAACCUUCUCUGGGCUCAGCGGGGGGAGAGACUGAAGCUUUUUUAGAUGUUUGACUCACAGUGAAAGUGUUGUUUUAUAGUUUUAUAGAGAAGUAUCUAUAUUUCUAACUAGAUCUAGAUCUACCAGAUCCCCCCUGCUCAUGCACACAUUAGAUGUUCCUCCACGGUCACUGAGUUCUCCUACAGCUGCAGCUUAAAGCUCCUUCACUUUGAUGAUCUGAACCGUCUGCUGCUCAGCGGACAGACGCUCAUUAAAAACUGUUUUAAUUGUUUUUAUCGUUUUAACAGAUCAGGCCAUAAAAGGACACAGUUUAGUGAACUCUCAAAUCAGUAAGUUUAAAUAUGAAGCACCAUCAGUUUUUCCUCAUUAAAGUCUCAAUGAUAUAAACAUUGGUUUGGUUAGAGGGAUUAAAGGAUAGAAGAGAGUUGACUUAUUAAUAAUUGAUCAAUAUUGUCUUAAAGUGUAAAAAUCAGCCCUAAAAUCUACAUGACAGUGAGUCUUUUGUUCUGGAGGCCUCCAUCUUGGACCACCGUAUUUCUACAGCGGUGAGAGGUCAGAGAUUUGGUGGUAGAUGAAAAAGACAAGAAUUGAUGAUCAAUCAUAAUGAUGGACUGUGGGAGAGGGGUGAGAGGGGUGAGAGGGGUGAGAGGGGUGAGCAAGGGAGCGUUUCAGUCUUGAAUCGGACCACCAGACACGACAACUUCUGGGUGGGUUUAGAAAGACUGUUGGGCUGAGAUGAUAUCUCACUUUGGACUUUUUUGUUUCCUUUAUUAUCCACCGGAAACCUCGAGGAGUUUCCUUCAUGUCAUUAUGACGAUUUGUGUUCUGGCAGGGUCGAAUAAUAAGGAAAUCUGACUGUCGAUGAUCUUAACAUGACUAUAAUAUUCAUGUCUUCACUGCGACUCUGAACACAAACUUCAUCAUCCUCAUCAUUCAUCUGUCCGUCUCCAGUCGUGUCCUCGACCAGCCUGCUCCUCCUUUAUUAUAUACAUGAACCCAUCCUCAUGUGUCUCUCUGUCCUUGUCUCCUAAUAUAAAUCCUUCAGGUGUUGGCGGCCUCAGUUGUCUCUCUACAAUAAGUGCUGAUGAGCUGUAAUUCAAUAGUUGGGACACUGACAGAGCGCCGGGUCAGCACGGGACAUGAAUACGAGCAGAUCAAGCUCCCAAGACUGAUAAAUGCACCGACCAUGAAUGAAUCAGGAAACAUCAGGAACGACUCGAAACGAAUGAAAAGAGGAUCAGAGCGAGUAAAGAGAGAGAGAGAGUUACACAAGCUGUCAGUGUCCUGACAGGAGAGAUGGAUGUGAGCACAAAAGAGGAGGCGUGAGCAGAUAUGGAUGCAGAGAAAGGGAGGUCGGUUUGAUGUUUGAUACUGGGGAGGAGGUACGAACAAGAAACGAAGAGGAAAGUCAGAAGGAAAGUUACAGAUGAGAUGAAACUUCCUGCUCUAAAAGAAGAGUGUCCACCGAUGCAAAGGAGCUACAGGCGUCCCUCUUUAAGGCUGAGUCUCAUCUCUCACUAUCUAAACCUCAUGAUGAAGGUGAACGAACGAGUGUAACGGACCCUCAAAACACUGAAAACUGGAGUCAAGAUUUUAACUGAGGGUUUGAACGUCUGUAAACCUCCGUGUUCGGAGCUGCUGUGGGAUUAUUGUUGAACUUCCUGUAAAAGUUAAAUGUUAACAUCACUGACACGACCUCCAGAUCAACGAGGACACAAGGACUCCUGGUGAGGAUCCUUCAUCUAAUCCUAAAAUAUCUCAUAAACUGAACAAAGUCAAAGCUUCAAAUAAACACUUUUACUGGAUUUACUUCCUCUGGAGGAACGGGGGUCAGGGGUCGAGUCUGCAGAAAGAAGCAAACACACAAAGCACACACUACCACAAUGAUGCCAGGUUCUCAACAGACACAGUUCAGCUCAGACCUGACACCUAUUGGCAUCUAUGUGGAACUGCAACUGUCAAAUCUAAACCAAUGACAUUAUUGGACUGAAUCAAUGUAUGAAAACCAACAACUCUGGAACUGAACCACUGAAAUUUGGUCCAAGUCAAUAUUCUAAACAACAAACUGAUAUAUUUUAUGUCCAUCCAGAUGCAUCUGUGUCUGUGUGAGGUUGUAUGUUUUUCCUGCAGCUGUUCAGUGUCUCUUAACGGAGGGGAUUCUGCAGCACAGGUGAUAAAAUGGUUCAUGUGUUCAGUGUAUUUUAUAGUGUUUGACCUUUUAAAAUGGAUCAAAUCUGAAAGUGACUUUCACUCUUUCAGCUUCAUGGUCAAACACUGAGUGCAGAGGCUUCCUACAGUAUAACACACACACACACACACACACACACACAUGCAGCUGGACUCCUAAAUAAGUCAAGACUCUUGAGACUCUUGUGUAAAUAUAUAAAUGAACAUUGUCUCUCCUGAGCUCCUUCACCAUCCCUGUAUGAACGUCGGAGUUAUUCCACCGUGUUAACCAGGGUCACAGCGCUCUGUGUGCUUGUCUCCUCCAGCUCAUACAGACUCUUUCUCCUUUAUGCAUCUCCGACCUUUUCUUCACUUUUAGCACAAAGAGGUUCUUAGACAUGUGUUGUUUACCGUUUGAAGACUCAUUUUAUCUUUUGUUCCAAGUUUUCCACCUUUGCACUCAAAACUCUGAAGUGUUUUAGUUUCUUUCUCACCUGUCUCCUCUCUUCUCUUGUGUCCCUCCCCCCAGCUGGCAAACUGACGAUGACAGAUCUGUUGAAGCCAGAGGACAUCAAGAAAUCUCUUGACUUCUUUGCAGGUGGGUGUGUUGCAGGAAACAGGCCUCAGAAGGUCUCAGAGUUCAGAGAUGAGCAGUGAGAUGGUUUUUCCUGUUCUGUUUGUGUGCUUGUAUGAUUUCUCAAACAUCUCCUGUCUUGUGUUUCGCAGGAGAAACGUUCGACCCUAAAAAGUUCUUUGAAUUGGUGGGGAUGACGGCGAUGUCAGCUGACAGCGUCAAGCAGGUCUUCAUGGUCCUGGAUGUGGACGGUAGUGGCUUCAUAGAGGAGGAGGAGCUCAAGUGAGGACACGAAAAUAGGGGCUCACAGAGUUUGAACGUGUCUUCAUGUUGGACUGUGCUGCAGUGACGCUGUUAUGUGCUUUACUCAGGUAUGUACUGCAGGGCUUUUCAAAGGAGGGCAGAGAACUGACCGACGACGAGACGAAAGCAUUCCUCAUAGCCGCAGACAAAGAUGGAGACGGAAAGAUCGGCAUUGACGGUGAGAGAGCAGAGGAAAAACACAGAGUGAAGUGUUCAGAGUGAGGAGGCUGGAGUGAAGGAGAGCCGUGUCCUACUCCGUGUAACUGACUAACAUCUACAGAGUCUCAGAUACUCGCUGUCCUGAUCUGAUAGUGAGGUAAACUACGGUGGUGGUGUUUUAGAAAGCUACAGGCUUAAACCAGAAAUAUAUACUCAGUAUUUUUACAGAGUACAUUAUACUAUUAUACUCAACUCGAAGUAAAGUUACUUUAAUGACAUUUGACUGAGGCAGGAGGAAAAAUACCGGUGUGAUCAAAAGUAUCUAAACUGAAAUGCAUGUAAAAGCGCCGAAUACUUAAACAAGACACGCCUCCAAAAUGACGAUGUCGAAGCAUCUUUUCCUGAAUUGAUUUUUGUCAUGUGAUCGACAGCAUUAAUGUGUAAAAUCAGUCUGAAUCUGGACUUUUUCAGGUUUGAGUUUUUAGAUGUUUUUACACCAUUUUUCUCCAGUAUUGCACUUUGUCAGUUCCUACACACUCCAGUUACCGGAUCGUUUGUGAGGAGCACUUCAGUCCACCACAAAUUAUGGAAGUGGCCAAUAAAGCAUAGAACAUCCUAUAAUAUCGAAUUAAUCACAUCAAAUCAAAUAAUCACAUUGUAGUAAUUAAUCGUAUCAUAUCAAUAACUGUGUCGCAUCGAGUUAAUCUUAUCGCAUCAAAUUAAUCGUAUUGUAUCAAAUUAAUCUUAUUGAAUUAACUGUACCAUAGUGAACUAGUUGUAUCGUAUCGAAUUAGUCGCACUGAAUCAUAUAGUAUCAUAUUGUUUUGAAUCAAUCAUUUCGUAUCGAAUUAAUCGCAUUGUAUCGUAUUUAAUUAAUCAUAUUCUAUCAAACCAAUUGUGUCGUGUCGAAUUAAAUGCAUUAAAUUAAUCGCAUCGUGUUUAAUUAAUUGUAUCACACCAAAUUAAUUGUGUCAUAUCAAAUGAAUCGCACCAAACCGUAUUGUAUCGUAUCGUGUUGAAUCGAUCGUAUCAUAUUGUAUUAAUCGCAUUGUUUCGUAUCAAAUUGACCGUAGCAUAUCAAACCAAUCGUGUCGUAUCGAAUUAAUCGCAUCAAAUAAUCACAUCGUAUUUAAUUAAUUGUAUCACACCAAAUUAAUUGUGUCGUAUCAAAUGAAUCGUAUUGUAUCGAUUGAAUCAUAUUGAACUAACUGUAUCAUAUUGAAUUAAUCGCAUUGAAUCUUAUUGUAUUGUAUCAGUCGUAUCGUAUCAAAUUAAACAUUUUGUGUUUUUCAAGAAAAUUUCAUCUUUUGAAAUCUUGGAACAGGGUUUAGGUUUGGACCUGUCAGGUCAUCAAAGCUUAUAAAGAGUGGAAGAAUUACAGUGUUGUGACAAAAAAUUAGACAAGUUGACAUUUAAGGUUUGAGAGAUUUGAGGACUGGCUGUCAUGGAGUUGACGGACAGCUGGUUGAUUUUAGGGAUCUUUUUAUCCCUAGGGGAAACACUUCUCAAAACUAUCGUUUGUUACAGUGUUUUGAGCAGAUGAACGUUGUUAAUUUCCACCCCUGAAUGAAUCUAAGUUUAGGUUAUAAACUAAAGUUAGUGAGUGUUUUUGACAGAAUAUUUCCCUCAUGAAUGUGGAUCUUUAUCUCGGCAGCGUUUGUCUGAUCGUCUGUACGAAUGUCUUUAUUCUCUCUUUCAGAGUUUGCGACCCUGGUGCAUGAGUAGGGGAUGGAUGAACGCCCCCAUUUUUCUUUCUCCUCCUCUCCGUCCCUGCAUUCAUAUUUUGUAACUGCCACCUUCAAAGUCCUCUCACCUUCCUCGGGACCCUGAACAUGGAGUCAGACCAGGCCUGCUCUCUAUGAAACACUACAGAAGCAGAGCGACAGGGAGUUAAACCAUGAGGAGGCAUACACAGGCACCAGUUCCAUUUUUUAUAUAUAUUUAAUCACACAUGCUGUAUGGGUUUCAGAAUCAUUGGAAUGAGUUCAUGAAGAUAGUUUGUGGUUUCUAAAACAGGUGGUGCUAGUGCUGUAGGUGUAGAUGUUACAAAGACUUCUUAAUUCUUCAUUUUCCUUCUUUGUGGAUUUCCAGUUGUGCUUUUUUUGUCUGAUUGGUUUUACUUCUUGAUGUUCACAUAUCAGUGCACUUUCCUCCCACUCCUCUUCCUCAUCCACCUUUCCUCACCUCUCCUCACCUCACCGCCUCUCCUUUCCUCUAUCUUCUCCUCCUCCUCCUCCUCCUCCUCCUCCUCACUCCCUGCCCCCGAUCAGAUGAUGUAGUAAAUAAACAGAUAUAUAAGGAGAGCUGUGAAGAGAGUAAGAAAUGAUGAUUAAAAAAUCUUGAAUAACACUCGUCUCUUUAAUUUUUGUCACUCGCAGCGACAGACACAGAAACUAAACUCACAUACAGUUGAACACAGGAACCAAACCUGCUGACUACAUAUUUACAGCUGGGUGAUGAGCGGAGGAGAGGAAAACACGACAGUCGCCUCGAUUAAAGGGAUAUUUCAGUGUUUUUGACACAGACAUAAGCUAAGCCACAGUUUUCUGCAGACGGGGUCAAAUCUGUGACCCCAUUCAGCUACAUUUGAGAGAUUUCCACCCAAGCACUCGUCCUGGGUUAAGUGUACGCUUUACCCACUUUGCCGUCGGACAGCCUGUUUGCUUGUUCAGCAGUUCUAAGGUGUUGGAGUCACAGACACAGGAUGAAUUUUGAUGUUUUAUCAUCGAGCAGACGCCAUAAUGUUAUUUCAAGUUCUGUCAUAAAGCAGUAAAACAACAACAAGGGCAGACGACCGACUAUAAAAACGCUCCUCUACUUGGUUUUUUGGUUCUGAUUCAUCUGCUGAGUGGAGCCUGUGGUCUUGUAAGAGCUGAAGGUGUAUUUUUGACUCCCAAAGAUACAGAUGUGCUGUUGUUACCUGCUCUCCUGUUAGUGUUUGAGUUUCUCUGAUUUUUGACACACAGAGUCACAAAAGUCCAUCUGUGUGUUUUAUCCUUUAGGAGCAAAAUUAAAGACUUUCUGAUGGCGAAGUAGGGCUGGGCGAUAUAAGAAAAAGUUUAUCACGAUAUAUUUCUUUCAUAUCAGUCGAUAUCGAUAUGAAUCACGAUAUUAAAAAAUCACUUGUUCAUCUUAAAUGUUCUCUAUUGCUCUGUUAAAGUGCUAUGGUUGGGUGGAGCUGCUGUCUGCUACGACGCUGCAGUUGGUUGAUACUUGGUUCUAAUUCAGAACAUGAUUGGUUCAGACCCGGAGAAACUCCCCUUUUCAUUGGCUGUUCGUAUAGUCGACCAAAACAUGUCAGAAUGACGACUAUUGAAAAGAAUAUUGAUCAUGUUUGAUAUCGAUAUUGAGAGAAAUUAAUUUUUGAUUUCUAUCAUUAUCGUUUUAUCAUCCAGCCCUAUCUCUAAAUAAACACUUGAACUGAACUGAUUUCUACAUUCAGCUAACUUAUUGGUAGACUUGAUCCCAUCUGCAGAGACCUGUAGCCUAACUUGCGUGUCCCUUUCCCAGCAUCCAUUGUGGCUCCUGCACUUAGUUUUGAUGUGUAACUCAUAAAACCUCACUUCAAAAAAUGCUGAAAUAUCCCUUUAAAAGAAGGUGCAGCAUCUGGUCUGUGUUUGGAUUCAGAUCUACAUAACUGUAGAUGUACGACGGUAGAUCUGAGGCAGAGGAAACGCUCUGCAGCGGUUCUCCACUGCUGUGAGCGUCAUGGAUGUUCAACACAAAAACAGACCUAUCUAUAAAAACCUGAAAUACUGUACAGAGGGUUGAAGAACGCCUCUUUUCUAACUCUACAGCCUCACUUCCUGUUUGAACAAACACUGUACAAAAGUACGAGCUGACCCUCCACUACAGUUUGAGAGUAUCAUGGUGUUCUCCUGAGACUCAGAACAACACUCCACAGCCCCGUCCGGCAGCCUCACUUUGGAUCGGAUCAGAGGAUUCGAGGAGCCGAUCUGUCGUUGGUCGUGGUGGGGCGCAGCUUCACGGUGGCGAAAGGGUUUGUGCCUCUGAAACGAGAGGAUGAUGGAAAAUGAAACACGAAGCCACACGAGCAUGAUCGCUUUCUGCCGCGCGAGCACACACACACACACACACACACACCUACCAGGAGGAAGGGAAACUAACACCUGACCCCAAACCAGAGGGAGAUCUCAACUGAGCAUGCUCCAUCGACCUGAUACAUGAUCACUCAUACAUGCAUGAAAUCAUGAAGUGAUGCUGAACAGUCAGACUGUUGUGUGUCUGCAGCUCAUGUGGAGAAGAACCACAGCUCAGUCUGCAGAGCUCUAAGUUCUGCUCUUAUUCCUCAUCAGUAAAACCAGCGCCGACUUUUAUUCACGCUCAGAGAUUCACGUCAGUCUCCAGAUGAAAAGGUGGUCGUGAUACUUUAAUCUAAUGAUUUCUCUGAUACGACGCUGACUUUCUAAAGUCCUCAGUCAAAUGUGCAAACAUGGUGGACAUGUCAGGAGGCGGCGGUUACCUUGGAAACAGCGGGUUCUCAGGUUGUCCAUGUGGUGAUAAUGUCUGGGAAAAGAAAAGCAAUGAUGUGAUCUUUCUUCUGUUUCAGGUUACUGAGGAGAAACUUUGGAGACACUUUAUUAGACGCUUAUCUCUAUAACACUUUAUUAAUAUAUGUAUAAUGUGUUAUAAUCAUGUUAUAACACUAUAUAACUAUAGUUAUAAACACUCAUAAAUGAUCAUAAUGCUUUAUAAUAAUAAUCAGAACACAUUAUAAAACAUUUUAUCAUGACUUACGAUGUCAGGUAUAAUAAUGUGUAAUAACUGUUAACAGCAGUUUCACUGCCUUACCUCUGUGGGCGUGGUCAGUGAGUUGUUCACAGUUAACACAUUAUAACUCUAAUUAAGUGUUACAGAAACUUUUAACUCGUCCUCAGAUCAGAUCUGUUCGUGAUGAAACCUGCGGUACCUGAGCGUCAGCAGCUGACUCACUCUUCCUGUCAGGAUGAGGAGAGAUUGGUCGAAAGUCCACGGAGCUCCUCCUUAGAUUCUGACUUGGAGGCGGAGGAGGCGGCGGGGGAGGGGGCGGCGGUUCGUUGUAGGUCUUCGUCUGACCUGGUUUUACCUCCACGGUGAGUUCCAGUUUCUUCUCAGGGAGAGGAGAGACGGCCCGAACGUCUACUGAGGCUCUGCGGUUUGGUGUGACCGGAGGCGGGACGUCGCCAUAGCUCUUGUUCUCUGAUUGGUCAGUGUCCAGCAGGUUGUUCAUACUGUGGCUUCUUAUAGAGCCACCGCUGAGGGGUCAAAGGUCAGAAAACAAGGGUUACUAAUGACUCAACACAUUAAACCUCCCAUCGUGUCAUGUCACAGGAUUUCUGUGUUCAGAGUCACGCUGCAGACCGACCACGAGUCCUACCUUGUCAGUAAGUUGUUGGAGAAGUCCUCCACGGGGGCCACAUAAGCAGCAGGAAACCAGCCCUGACUGAAAAGACCGUAAAGACGGAGAUCAGCGAACAACACAAUAAAAUCUGGGACAUCACGAGCAGGUGUGAGUCGAGUCAGUCGUCUCCAAAUCUGAAGGUCAGGGGUUCAAACCAAGGUCGAGGCGUCCUUGGGCGAGACAUUUGACCCCACCUAAAGUCUAAAUAAAAGGCUGUAGAAAGGUCAUACGUAGGUCUCUGCUCAUCACUCCAUCAUCUAUCUUCUGCUCUCAGACGUGUUGAUCCUUCAGCUCAAACAUGUGAGCUGUUGUCACUGAUAAAGACACUCGACAGUUUUUCCAUCACGGCUUCUUUUGUGUCCCUUCUUAUCCACAAACUUUUCUAUUCUGUUUUGACAAAGUGAAGUCCUUGUGAAUCGUAAAAGGACAAAAGGACAAAAGGACAAAAGGACAAAAGGACACACAGCAGCUGUUGUGUCUGUCUGUAGCAGCGACACUGAAAAUGAGUCUAUAAGCUGUUGGACUCAGACGCUCACCGCAGGCUGCUGUCUGUGCGUCCGUACAGCCAGCCGUUCCGCGGCUCCUGGACCAGAACCGUGAUGGUCUCGCCCCUGUUGAAAGGGAGAAGCUUCGGGUUGGAUGAGGACGGGUGAGACACCAGGGCCCUCAUAGCUCUUCCUCCACCCAGACCCAGAGACUCCCCCACUGAGCUGGAGCGAGAGCGGCUCGGGAUGGGAGAUGGUGCUGAAGAGGAGGGCAAAAAAAAGAGGGACUGAUAAGAAAGUCGGGCUGAACGAUGUUGGCCGGAAAUAAAAUCAGAUUCUUUUCUCUCUAAAAACUCAGAUUUUUUAUUUUUUAAUUCAGUGACGACUUCACCAAACUUCACUUUAAUAAAAAGUUUUUCUAUCAUCUCUCAAAAUGAAACCACUGAAAACAAUGUAGUUCAUAUGCCAGACCAGUAAGUGGCGCUGUAACGCAGAAGAAGAGUACAGAGAAUGUGUAUUAAGAUUUGUUUUGACCGGACACGCUCAGGCGCCAUAAAAGAGUUACUCUGUGUGUCACAUGACCAUUUCGUUAGACGGAGAUGAAAUGGUCGUCGUUUACAGAUUUAUUCACUCUCUGACCCGUUUUCAAAAAGUACCGUUUACAGUCACCUGAAACGCCGAUACGACAAAAAACUUUAGCGUUUCCUCCUGAUUUCGUUUCCAUGGUGACGGGUUGAUACCGCCUUCAGACAGACUUUACAGCGGGGAGUGGUUUACUCUUCAUCUGAAACUGUGAAGUCGUAUCAAUUCAACACGACUGACUCGCUCUUGUCCUAUUUAACCACGAAAUUAUCGCCUUCUUUUGUAAAUCAAUUUGACAAUUUAAAUUUUUUGACAGUCAUUAAAAAUCAGUUAAUCGUGCAGCCCUAUAACACUUCAAAUCCACUAAGAAAUAAAUGUGAACUUAUCUGAAACUUGUUGGUACUAAAGAGUUUUUAAAAAGGGUGAAUGAGGCUUCAUAUCUUUUACAAAACAGAGUCUAUGUCCCACCUCUAGAGGGCACUCUGCCCAGCGCCUGCUGCUCCCUCCUGGCCCAAGACAUGUCUUCAUCU